AUGGAGCAAGAACUUGGCAGAGAAUCCAAAAAUGAGAUUGUGCAGGCUGAAAACAUCAUGCCCAAGGGCCCCGAUGAACAACCUGAUAACAACACAGUCGAAGACAUAAAUGAACAGGCUGAAGAGAUCAUCCAUCUCCAAGGCCCAAAUGAACAAACUGAGGAAAAUGAAAACCAAGGCCCAGAUGAGCCACUCAGUGACAGCCCUACUCAAAAGCUAACAGAGCAAGAGGAAGAGAACCAACCUCAAGAGCUAAGAAAACUGAGUGAAGAGAAUCAACUUCAAAAACUGAGCGAGGAGGUUGAAGAAAGCCAACUUCAAGAACUGAGCGAGCAGGGUGAAGAAAGCCAACUUCAAGAACUGAGAGAGCAGGUUGAAGAAAGCCAACUUCAAGAACUGAGUGAGCAGGGUGAAGAAAGCCAACUUCAAGAACUGAGAGAGCAGGGUGAAGAAAGACAACUUCAAGAACUGAGCGAGCAAGGUGAAGAAAGCCAACUUCAAGAACUAAUAGAGCAGGGUGAAGAAAGCCAACUUCAAGAACUGAGUGAGCAAGAUGAAGAAAGACAACUUCAAGAACUGAGCGAGCAGGGUGAAGAAAGCCAGCUUCAAGAACUGAGCGAGCAGAGUGAAGAAAGACAACUUCAAGAACUGAGUGAGCCAGAUGAAGAGGGAAAGCGCUCAGAUAUAAGUGAUCUAGAUGAAAGUAGCAAACUACAGGAUUUAACUGAGCAAGUCAGGGACAUUGAACCUCCAGCUUUCACAUAUUUUCCUGAGGAACAAAUAAGGAUCCCUGAUGAUAAGCCAGCCACACCCUCUUUUAUUGAUUACCUGCCUAUUUCUUUUCCAGGAAGGCUGGAUGAACAGGGCGGACCAGUUGCCCUAGAAUCCAAAUUUGAUAUCACUCAGUUUGAGAAAAGAGACAGCAAAAUCCAAGAUAUAAAGAGAAGUAAGGUUUUCUCGGAUAUAACCAAGGAGAAGGAGCCUUAUCAAUUUGAAACAUCAUCACUGAAACCCAGAAGGAAAUCUGCUGCUAAAAGUGAAAGCUCUACUCCUAUUCCCAAAACUUAUUAUCAACAUACCAAGCCACUGGUUCCCAGAAUUACUUUGCCUCAAACAUCUGAUAAAGCAAUUCAGUGUAAUAAGAUGCUCAUGCGACGUUUGACACCGCUUCGAAAGCCGGCCCCUCCAAAAGUCGUCAUCCCCAAAACGAUCACACAAACCAAAGAUAAAGAUACUCAGAUUACUACUUCCUUUGAAACAUUGUUGAGGAAACCACUAGCUUCAGUGGAAAAGAAGAAAAAAGAGAGUAAGACUAAGACAGCCCCCAAGGUCUCUUCAAACAAAGCUGCCAGCAAGACUCGCCGGUCCCCUUCACGCAGAAAAAGCACCAGCUCUUCUGGCAGCCAAGUCUCACGAUCCACACCAGCAAAAAAGAGCAGGAAGCCUAAUGUUGUCUACAAUGUCCACAUAACAGUGUAUGAUAGGGGGAGAGAGAUUAAUACCCCGUUCAUCAAGGAUACAACCUGGGAAGAUUGUAUAGUGUGUUCAGGGCUCUCUAGAAUUUGCACUGUUUUCAAUGUCUUGAAGUGUGGCAGAGUUCCCGUCAGCAAACUCCUAUUUGUACUUCACACUCUCAAGAUCCUAGUGACCAGAGAUGAGAUGUAUUGUGCUCUUCAGUUAAUGAACGUGGAUGUACUUGGGACUGUGAAUUUUUCAGACUUUCUGGAAGUUGUGAAUAAAACGUCACCAUUUUCUCAAUCAGAAGGCUUCCAGAAUACCCUCUGGGCUUUCAAGAAAAUAAAGAAAGAUAUGGUUUGUGUUGAUGAUCUGAGGUUAAUCCUGGAAAACCUUGAAGUCAACCUGACCUGUGAAACUAUGCAUGAUGCACUAAAAUGCACUCGUAUUAAUAAGAACAGGCUUUUGAACUUCAGGGAAUUUCUUCUGGCUGUAAAGGAACUACAGAAGCGUCCUGACGAAGAAGUAUUUCCGAGUGAAUAUGCCCUCUUGGAACGGAAACCUUUUCAGGAUGUGACUGGGCUUGUCGGUGCUGAUUCUAGAUGGAGAAGAAAGUACCAAAGCUAUUUUGAUACUGAUAUAUCUGACUCCACAACCCCAUACUUCUCAGGACAAUCAAGUUCAGCUGCAUAUAGUGAUUUCGCUGACCUCCACAGAAAAGUAUCCUGUUCACUUGACCAGAGCUUCUUCAAAGAUGCACAGUCAGAUGAAGAUAAAAAAAUCACAAUAGUGAAAAUUCUGCAAUCAGAUAUUGCUGACCAAAAAGAACCCUGCACUAUAUCUUCUGUAGAUCAUGAUGAAGGCAACACUAAAGAGUCUGACAACAUGGAGAUGAAAAAGUCAACAACAGAUAUUGCUGUUAUAGAAGGCACCAGUGCUGAACAUGACUUAAUGGAGGAGAAAAAAUCCAUACAUGACACUCCCGAUCAAAAUAUCCCACCUGAGCAAAAUAUCCCACCCGAUCAAAAUAUCACACCCGAUCAAAAUAUCAUACCCGAUCAAAAUAUCACACCCGAUCAAAAUAUCAUACCCGAUCAAAAUAUUUCAUCUGCAGAUAAUGCAGAGGGCAAAGAUAAAGAACGUGACAUCCUAGAGGAAAUAUCUUAAGACUUCUAUUCUUCAAUUCAGGUUGCUUGGCUUCCACAGAUUGCUAGUCAAUCUACGUGUUAAGAGAAGUUGGGUUUUCUGAAUUUCUGAAGUUUCUGAAUUUUCACCAACCAAUCUAGUAUAGGGAAAUCUCAAGGCUUCUCUGAUAUUAUGUGCAUUCUUUGCCCGGCCAUAUAAUCAGAAGGAGCAAAUUUCUAAAAUCGAAGAUGUUAGGAAAGGGAGUCAGUUCCUCCUGAAAGUGGAAUAAGCUGGGGAGGGA